AUGACAGCAGAUAGGUUGGUUUGUAGUCGAGUUAUUUGGCAGUCCGCCAGACGCCUCUUCACCGAAUUGUCACUGGCCGGAUGUGGUAAUGAGUCGACUUCGGGAGCAUCAGGUAAUCGCAUUCUCCUCAUCGCGCGUUCUGAAAAGGUAACGAGCCUCGAAUCACUGCCCCAUCCAAGCUAUACAUGCAACCAUGACGACGGUCUAGGCGACGCUUCCGUCCAGGAGCCGAUUCAGCCUAUUAGACGGGCUCGUCUCAAGGCGGGAUAG